ACUCAGAAUGCGUGCGAAUGCUUAGUGGAGAUAACCGACACACAGAACAUGAGUGUUACUUUUUUCUGGUGCCAUUUAGCGAACACCAGAGACAUACCUGUACGCACUACGUCCGCCCCAGACGGGGAGGGGUUUUGAAUGUUUUUGUGUGACUGUCAAGUCGACUCUAAUUUGAAAUCGAGAAAAUAAGACGUCGGACUGAAGAUCAAACCUAUAGUUUACGGACUCCGGUCUGUUUUGCGGUCUAGUUCCUAUUAUAUAUUUGUAUUGAGAAGCAAUCAGUCAAGGAAUAUUAAGUCUGUUGUGGUGUGGUGCUGGGGAUUUUAUAUCCACCUCGUCUUUUUAGAAGAAUGGCGAGAGACGCUAAACAUUGCCCCCUAUCACCAAUGAAAAACAGUUUGUUGGUGACAGCAGGGAUACUUCUGAUUAUUCAAGCUGCUUCGUGUCAGCGGGUGAGGGUGGUACCAGAGGUGGAGGCGUACCCCACCGAGUCGGUCGACCUGCGCUGUCAGUUUGUCGACGGAGGAAACACCAAGCUCACACAGGUGUCGUGGAUAUGGGAGCCCACGGAGGGCCAGAGGGACAACAUUGCCGUCUUUCACCCCAUAUACGGCGAGAGCUUCCCCGAAUCGCCCUUCAACGGGCGUGUCCGCUUCAUCCAAGGCACCUUGACAAACCCCUCCAUUACCAUCAGCAGCCUCAAGAUGGCCGACGCCGGGCGUUACACCUGCGAGUACGCCACUUACCCCAGCGGCAAUGAGCAAGGCACCACCAAUCUGGUCAUACUUGCGAAACCCAAGAAUUCUGCAUCCCCCGUUGUCGUCCAAGCCAGCACAAGCGGCAAACCAGUGGUCGUGGCCCAGUGUGAGGCGGCUGACGGCAAGCCAGCAGCCAGCAUCAAGUGGAUGGGAGAAGUCGGUGGCACCGAUAACACCACCUCCAAAAAAGGUCUGGACGGCACGGUGACGGUGAGGAGCGUGUACCUACUGGUGCCCACGCCUGAGGACAACGGCAAGGAGGUCACCUGCAUGAUCAGCCAGCGCACUCAGGACAAGCCGCAGACCUUCCCCAUGAAGCUGUCUGUCGAGUAUCCCCCGACUGUGUCCAUAGUGGGCUAUGAUAACAACUGGUACAUUGGCCGGACCGACGCUGUCCUGACCUGCCAGGCCACGGGCAACCCUGCCCCCGCCAACGUCACUUGGACAGCCAUGUCCGGUCGGAUGCCUGACACGGUACAGAUCGCCGACAACAAGCUGAUCGUGCGGAAGGUGGACGAGGCUGUGAACACCACCUUUGUCUGCGAGGUGAAGAACCGGCUGGGAGUGAGCAAGCACCAGGUCACCACGGUGGUCAUCGAGCAGCGAAAGAAAACAGCAGGGCCGUCGACGGCUGGCAUUAUCGGAGGCAUCAUUGGUGUGGUCCUCUUGCUGGCGAUCGUGGGCGCUGCCAUCGUGCUGGUCCGCAAACGCAAGCAGAACGCAGAGAACGGAGAUGGUCCUCCCAAGCACAAGCCCCCUCCGCCUGUGAAGACCGGCAGCUCCACAGAGAUGCUGAACAAGCAUGUCACGGACCCAGUGACGAAGGAGUUGACGGAGACCCAGCCUUUAAGUAAGGUCUACUACGAGACCAGCGGAGAGCCUGUCACGGAUCUGGAUGCCUGCGACGAUGACGAUGACAACGCUGCCGGCGGUGGGGCUGCUAAUGGCGGCGGCCCUGCUGUCCUGGAGGGCUCGAUACGGUAUGCCGAUGUCGACGACACGCUAAAUGACGGAGCCCUGCCUCCGUACUCCGGCGCGGGCGGUCACCACGUUGAUGAGCCGCCGUCGACCACUGUGGCCCGCGGAGAAAGCUUUGUGUCGGCAGCCAUGUAUGUUUAGCAGAUGACGUUUUAGCCUCCGUGACGACGACAACAACAACGUGCCUGUAGACCCAGGAAGGCUCUGGACCGAUCCAGCCUCCCGAUGUGAUCAGAACCUAAAUGCAGUGUUUACUACUCUUGUGAUUCCGGAAAGGUAAUAUCACCAGAAACACAAUUCAAAAUAUCAUCAGAAUUAUCACUCGAAACUGUUUGUUUGAAUGUUGCAGUGUUAUACUUAAGCAAUAAGGACCAGAGAUGGUGUGGUAUAUGGCCAAUAUACCCCGGCUAAGGGCUGUUCUUCUGGGUACAGCCCUUAGCCGUGGUAUAUUGGCCAUAUACUACUAACCCCCGAGGUGCCUUAAUGCUAUUAUAAACUGGUUACCAACGUAAUUAGAACUGUGGUAUACGGUCUGAUAUACCACAGCUUUCAGCCAAUCCGCAUUCAGGGCUUGAACCACCCAGUUUAUAAUGUACAGUAAGCAUCCUCAGACCAAAAUGCCGUUUUAUGGCAGUAUGAACAGAAUGAAGUUGUCACUGCUUUAUAACAUUGCAACAUGACAAAGUUUAAGAAUCUAACUCAUGUUUUGGGUUCAAUCUAAAUUGCAAGAGCUGGCAAUACUACGUUGUUAGGGUAACGAAGUGUGACAUCUUUGUUUCCAGCAAAGCACACAAUGCAAACACAAUUAUCAAUGAGCGUGCAAUCCCCCCCCCCCCCCCCCCCACACACACAGGAAAGAUGAACAUUUAAGUCAAAUUAAAUUCAAAUUAUAACGAUUGUAUUUUCAGUGUCAAAAUACCCAGCAUAUAUUGGAAAAUACUGCCAUUAGUACCAAUUUAUGUAGAUGAAGUGGCUAUUAUACGCUGUAAUAUAUGCUGUUUAUUUUACACGCAGUAAAAUAUGAAUUGAAAUCUUUUCUAUUUUAGUCUUAUUCUUUUAUGUACCGAAACACAAAUGUGCAAAACAUCAUUGAUGAACAAUUAUGUGAGACCGUGUCAAGUUGGUCAAAGAUGUCAAAGUGAACCAAAUUAUCAACGAACACUGUAAAUAAUAAUGCUGAUUUAAUAUAUUGUCGGUGAAAUGUGUAAAAUGUCAAAACAAAAAAAGAGUGUAGGUGUUUUCAGAACCUCUAUGUAUAGGGGUGUCAGUUUCCAUGUGAAAUUGGGAAAAAAAAGUAUACAUUUUACUUUAACGGGUAUUGAGGUUGUCAGUCACAAGGCUUAUGUUUUUAAUCUAAAAAUGCUGUGGGGAUUUUAGCCCUUGUAACUCUGCAUGGCAUGAUCGGUGGCUUGUUUCAAUCAGUUGGCUCACUUUCCCCCCAAGGCUACUUACAGACACACCAGGGCUUAUACUUUUUGAAUGUUGUCGAUGUCUUUGCGUUCCUUCAUUGUAUCGUCUACUUCAAGCACAAACACAUGGAUGUGGAGCAGCGGGGUGAUUUAGGCCGUAUAGAAGGCGCACAGCACGACAUGAGAUAGCUUUUAGCUGAUACUAAGUCAGUCAGCAUACAUGUUCUGUCCAGAGUGCUUACUGCAGGGCGCAAUAAACAAAGAGUUGUAUGUAACUCUUGCUGAGUAAUGGGAACAAAAAUCAUUGGUUCUGGCCGUUCCAAAGAGCUUGAGUCGCACAAUUCCACGAGGGCAUUGAUCUGUCCGCGUCACCUCAACAGAGGCAAGCGAGGCUAUACUCGCUAAGUACAUUAGCUUGUUGAAUAAAAAAAAAAAGACGCAAAGAAAAAGACAACGUGAACAAAAAAGCACAUGUAGCUUUGUAAGUAAAUAAAUAGAUACUAUGAAACUAAUGAUUGCUGGACAGAUGUAGAAAAAAUAGAUAUGGUAUAUAGACUGCUAGGUGGGCAUAUGGACACAGAGAAAUAGAACACAGUAGUAACUGCCUACCUCACGGUUCUUUAUUCAAUCACAGUCAGUGCUCCACUGCGCUAUUGUCGUUUUUUUUUAUGUGACAAUCACUUUGAAAACAACUUUCAUUGGCUUUUGGUGGCACUUCGGGUCUCUAUGGUGUUUCUUUUAAAGAUAAUGUCUGCAUGCUGCAUGGAACUAUGGGUAGCUCAACUUCUUCUCUGUGCAAAAAGACUCGUGCCGCCAUUUUUGAAAACGUAUGACUGUGGGCGGCGGGCUCGCAUAAAGUGGUGCAGUGUCAGACAAUCACAUCUGAAUUUUAUAGCCCUUACACAGGUCAGAGUUCAAAGGGAAAUUAACUGUGCAUUUUUUUUAAUUUGCUUUUAUAAACUGUGAUUCCAUCUUCUUAUUUUUUUAUUUAUUGCUUCAUAUUGCCGUCGGAAAUAUAUUGUACUGUUUUGUGUUUUGCCUAUAAAAAGAGCCUCAAAAUUUAAGAUGUGUUGAUAUAUUGAGUUUAGAAAACGACAAUCAUUGGGCCCCUUGGGUUUGUUAUUAUCAGAGACCAAUGAGUCAGCAUUCUGUUUAGUUCUGUUGUUUUAUAGUCAAGGCAUCUGAUAACGAUUUCUCGCUGCAGCAUGAGUUGCAGUGUGUGUUUGCCAAGCGCUUUGCCUCCGUCCCGAUAGGUUUAAUGCCAAAAAAUACAAACUGUGAAUGUUAGCGAUUAACGCUAAUCUGAAUCCGGUCUUCUUCAUUCCCCGCUUGUUUAAUGAUCUCACAUUCAUUGUCGCAUUUUUUUCCAUCACCAAGCCAGAUGUGCCUUCGUUACUUUAUUUUUUUAGCUUGUUCACUUACACAUUUGUUUCUGUCUUAGAAAAUAAAUAUGAGAUAAAAAAAAAUACGAGUUAACCUCUGAUUGUGGAAAGCCAAACACUUGAUCAUUGUGAUUUUUUUUUUUUUGUAAACAUGUUCUUAAUUCCCCCCCCCCCCUUUAAAAAAAUGUCAUUUGCUUUUUUGAAAACCUAUUAUAUGUUUUAAGGAUCAUUGUCUUGUCGAAUAAAAUGUAAACCAAAGGC